GUUACAGUGAAAACACGAGGAACUCAAGUCAUGUUGUUAUCAUCCAAGAAUCAAAUACAGUCCAGCAGCCCUGCCAGAUAUCUAGAUGGAGAAUUCUGGGAGAUUAAAGAUGCUUUUCGUGACGCGAUGUCAGCGUGUGAACUGUUUCAGUCCAGCAGGUUUGGUUCUGUAUCAGCUGAUGGUUUGUACUCAUCUCCCGUCCUCAGUAAAAGCAGUCGCUUCAAUGCAAUGCUUGCCGCUCUGACGCCCACCCGCCUGGGUCUCACCGUACAAGCCAUGGCUGCCAUGAAGCUUUUUUUUCCAUACAGUGAAAGUGGAAAGGGGACUGGAGUCACUUCAAAUCAAGUCAAAAUCUGGGGCUCGUCAUUGCAGUACGCUACAGUCACAGGACCAGGAUGAGGUGAAGAUCAUCGAGCACCAAACGCAGUAUCUGAGACUGAUGCCACACCUGGCUGCUGCCCUUGCUCUCACCUUCACCACCAGGUCACUGGCACAUUCUGAGAAAUACCACAGGAGGAGAAUCAAAGGAAGAGAGGAGCUCAGAUGCGCCCUUCUGAGAAACCACUGCAGAUAUGCUGCAGGUUUGGUGGAUGAUGCUUUGUGUCAGGGUCAGGACCUUCAAAGCAAUCGCGCUCUGCAAGCUCUCGUCGCAGGACUCAAAGCCUACAGCACGUGGGAGAACAUUGCGUGUCUGCAAGACUGCCGUGAGUGUACUGGCGGCAUGCGUGGACAAAGUAGGAGACCUAAUGUUCCUGCUGAAAGCGUUGAGCUACAGGGAAAGGGUAUUACAGCGCAGCCUGGCAAGUCGACAUUACAAUAAGGUAGAGAAAAACAAAGAUGAGUUUUUCAUGGCCUGGAACGCUUGUUUACAUCACGUGACCACUUUGGCUAUGGCACACAUACACAGAGUGACUUUGGAGCAGUUUGCUCUCGCUGUACGACAAUGCCAUAUCAAAGAGGACCGUGCCUUGCUCACCAAGUUCUGCCUUCACGGCACUAGUCUGGUGUAUCAGGAGAGAGCGUGGUACCUGGAGCACAACUACCUGACCCUCAACACCAGCCGACAGAUCCGCAGCCAGCUUUUGGAGAUGUGCAGAUCGGUGAAGGAUGAUGCGCUGAAGGUGGUCGAUGACUUCAACAUCCCGUCCUGCUGUAUCCAGGCUCCAAUCGGUGGAGUCGCCUGUCCCAGGACCGAAUGGGCCUUCAAUCCGCAGCCACAGUAUCCCAGCAGCACCCAACCACAGUCUAAGCUCUGAAAGAGAGAAUGAACAUGGCUUUAUGAGGAUGUGGAAGAACGAUGGAGUGAUGUCAGGUUGCUGGAUGUUCUUUCACAUUGGGUCGGAGUGAUGAGGGACUAAUUGGAGGUGGUCAAUGCACUUACGGAUGCAUAGUUGAUGUUUUAUGAUUAAGCAUCAUGCGUUGUGCCAAUAUGAAUGGUAGAACUUGCAGCUAAUGGGCAAUGCCUUAAAACAUUAUAUACACUAUAGGCAUGACACUACUUUUUCUUGUUCACUCUUAAAAAUAAAGUUUCCAAAGGGACGGCAACAAU